AGUCUCUCCAGUGAACGACCUCGCCAGUUUCAGGUUAUCCGUAUUCUGCUUCAGGUUUGAUCUUCCUUAGGGAUUAAGGCUGGAAUGCUGUGGUGAUUUGGAGUUGCUGCAGGAUUUUGUUUCAGCAGUUGGGUCAAAUUUCUCUAUACUUCCGGUCUAAAGAAAUUAUCACCAUGUCACAAUUCAACGGUCCCACUACAGAGCAGGCCAGGAACUAUAAGUACACCGGAGAUAAGCCUGUCAAUCCUCGACACCUAGCGACUGCUCUACAACACGCAAACCAAAUCCAAGCACAAAAGGACGCACAAGCUUUGAUCCUAGAUCGCAUAUUGGAAUUGAUUGAGUUCCCAUCAUCAGAGUCCGCAGAUCCCGCACACCCUUCCACAACAGAUGCAGCAGCACUUAAGGCGGCACUUAUACCAUUCCAGCCUGCGGAUUUUGAUAAUCUCAUCCUCGAGCGUAAUAUAGAAGGUCGAUGUGGCUAUGCAUUAUGCCCCCGCGAGCACAGGAAGGAGGAUCCAAAUGCCAAAUUUCGGAUCCUAUGGGGGCCGAAAGGUAGCGGACAAAACGGCCGUGGUCGGGAAAUGAAGGUUGUCCCUCGCGAAAAGCUCGAGAUGUGGUGUUCGGACAAAUGUGCUGAACGAGCCAUGUAUCUACGGGUUCAGUUGGCUGAGGAGCCGGUAUGGGAGAGGCGAGCGGUAGAUGCACGGACAAGAACACUUGAGCUUUUGGAAGAGGCUCGGCGGGCGAGAAAGGAGAAGACCAAGCAAAAUUUGGGAGAGGAAGAUAGUGCGUUGAACGAGAAGAUGAAAAGUCUUACAGUAGAUGAGUGUUCGUCAGCGACCAGUUCUCAGAAUAUGAAGCAACUGUCGCUUGAACGAGGUGAUACAGGCCCGACGUUUAGGGAACAAGGCCGUGUGGAUGUACACCUUCAGGAGAAAGAUAUUGAUCUGAAAGGAGAGAUACCAGCAGCUCCUGUUGCUCGCCCAAGCGAUAGCACCGGAGGUUCAAUUGAGGGGUACGCGCCCAAGAAGACUCAUGAACAGCUUAAGCAAUCUCGAGACCGUCAUGAAUCUCGCGAGGAAGAUGUGCUCGACAUUGUCACAGCGAAGUGGCUGCCGCAUAACGAUGUCCAGGGAAGGACCAAAAGUCGUGCAAUCGAGCGGUCCACCAUCAACUGCAUUGGGUAA